AUGUGGUUGUCUGAGACUCAGAAAUUUGGUGUUGCAUUCACUUUUGGUGGUGUCUUGUUCUUUCUGUUUGGGAUAUUGACAUUUUUCGAUCGUGCUCUGUUGGCACUGGGUAAUAUACUCUUCUUACUGGGUGUAUUCCUCAUUAUUGGCCAUCAAAAGACGAUAGUGUUUUUCACUAGACCUACAAAAAGACGUGGGUCCAUUUUCUUUAUCUUUGGUGUCCUAUUAAUCCUACUAAAAUGGACUUUUACUGGGUUUAUAAUCGAAUCAAUGGGUAUCUUCAACUUAUUUGGUGAUUUCUUCGGCACUAUCGUUACUUUCUUAAGAUCCAUGCCAAUCGUUGGACCUAUACUAUCACAUCCUAAAGUGGCUCCAAUAGUAGAUAAAUUGAUCGGUAUUAGAGUAUUACCAGUGUAA